AGGAAACAGAUCUUAUCCUGACUUUUAAUAUUUCAAUGCACCGAUCUUGGUGGAUGGAGAAUGGCCCAGGAUGUAUAGUGACAUCAGUGACACCUGCCCCAGAUUGGGCCCCAGAAGACCAUCGCUACAUCACGGUCUCAGAGUGUUUUCUGGAGUACCAGUACAUAGAAGUGGCUCAUAGUUCCCUCCAGAUUGUUCUCGCACUGGCAGGGUUCAUCUAUGCCUGCUAUGUUGUGAAAUGUAUAACUGAAGAAGAAGACAGCUUUGAUUUCAUAGGUGGCUUUGACUCUUAUGGCUAUCAAGGGCCUCAGAAGACAUCUCACUUACAACUGCAGCCUAUGUACAUGUCAAAAUAAUACAGAUGACUUCGGUAUGUCAGCCCAUGGACCUCUCAAAGUACUUGUUAAGCAGUGACCUCCUGCAUUUUAUGAAGAGCAAGAAGCAAAUGAAUUUAAAUAUACAUACAUAUUAUCAGAACAGUUUCUUCUCUCUCUCUCUCUCUCUCUCUCUCUCUCUCUCUCUCUCUCUCUCUCUCUCUCACUGAUUCACUUGACGUCCUCUUUCUAACUGAAACAAAUAUGCAGGACAUGCCCAUCCUGGAUUUCCUGAAAGCAGGCUCCUUUCUCCCAGGCCUUUGAAAGUGCAAAAGGAGACGUGUUGGUGCCCUCUGCUGUCCAUUCCUCAUUCUUCUGCAUCCAGCUAGCCGGCCUCUUGAGAGCUGUGAAGUCAUCUGGCACAUUAGUCUGAGAGCCCUGUUUUCUGCACUCCAUACAUCCUGAUAGCACCAUGGCUACUUAGGCAAUGAUACUGCAAAAACAAACAAAAAACAUGCCAUGAUGACCCUGUAACCGAAGUCUGAAAUGGCAGAUUGUUUGCCCUAAAGGCUGUACCGUAUAUACUUGCCUUAACCCACCUUUGUUGUGUGCCCGAGAACCUCAGUGCAGACAUCCCUGAGUCACUUCCUUUAGGCUAACACACUGCUAUUAAUUCCAAAUGAGUUCAAGUCUGUGUGUUUCAUGUCAAGGAACAAGACUGAUUAACUCAGCAGCUCCAGCGUGUCUGUGUAAGAAAACUGCCAGCUGUCAGCAAAGUGCUUUACCAAUUGAGCCUCCAUGGUGACCAAAAAGAGACAAGUACCAAUAACAACAAAAAUAAUAUUUGUCAUCUUUACAGUUCUUAAAUAUGGUCUUCUGCUGGGGUUGGGGUGGGACAAAGUAAUAUUUAUUCAUCGACUACACACAUUAAUCUACAGAAAGCAGAAAUGGCUUAACUCACUGAUUUUAUUUAUUGCACUCUAGGUGCUUUUAUAAGUAUCUACAAAUGUCUUUUACUAACACAGAAAACAGCUGUGGAUUUCUAUCAACAGAGGCCAACUGACUAUGUAUUAGCUAUGUUUACUCUUUUAUAUCUAAUUCAAAUUGAAGACCCAAUGUAGGUGAACUUUCUUUUCUAACUUCGGCGUACAAGAUUAUUUUUUGGGUGGGUGGGGGGAGCGAUAGUUAUCUUGGUGAAAUAUUUGAGACAUCUUUGUGGUAUUUGGGGGAUCUGUUGUGUGUUAGAGUGUAUUUCAAUCCUCCUGUAUUAUUGUGGCAGAAAAACUGUGCUGUUAACGUAGUUGGCAACAAGAUGCCUUUGGAAACUUAAUAGUAGGUCAAUGUGUUUAUGGAAUAUUCUGAACUCCUAGGAAAUUUUGUUUUAUUUUUUCAAGCAUUAUUUGGUUUUCAUUAGUGGAAAACAUAUUAGCUCAGGCUUAUCAGUAACUCAAAUGAGUCAUAUUUUUUCUUGGAUCCACUUGAGACAUGAAACUCAAUUUUUGUUUACACAUCAUCUUUAACUGCAGUGAAUUGAGAAAGUUAUAAAUCAGCAUGAAGCAACUUUUUGCUUUGGUUUCUAUGAAAUUUCUGUUAGUGGGCUAGCCUACCUUGAAUCUUAGUCCAUUCAGAUCUACAUGAAGCAGUUCUAUUACUGUGUUUGCACGAAUGUUUGUGAUAUACUCGUUCAUACACAUUUGAAACUGAUAAAGGAAAAAAACUUACCAUUGGAACAUAAAUCACACACAAGAAAAAAUGAUUCCAGCCCUCAUGCUUGAAUUUUCUCAGUGGCUUGUGUGUUUGUCCAUACCUACAUGUAUAAAAUACACAAUUGCAAACAUGUCAGUGAAACCUCAUAUAAUGUUUUUAUAGUGACAUGCAUGUUAACAUAUGAGGAAAAUAUUUACCAAUGUAUUGUCCUUUGAGUCCUAAAAUAUAAAUACUAUCCAUGCCAGAAACUAUCCAAUGUGACUAUUUCAAUGAGGUUUCACUAUAUACACUGCUGUGGUGAGAUUCCACCUUGCUGUACAUGUAUAUGGAUACAGAAAAUAAGCCCUCAUAGUUCUGUUUUAAGUUGCAGCCAACUUACCACCAAAACACUACUAAUCAUCACCACCAAAAUCUUCAAAAACAGUUGUUGACUACUAAAGAGUAAUCAGUGAACAGGCCUUUUUUAGGAACAGUAAGCACAGUCGUGUGAUUCUAUCUGGGAAAACAUCAAAGUUGUACAGCUGUAUCCUCCUCAAAAUCUGGUGAAGAAUGCUAUUUUUCUAGGCUGAUCUUUUGUUAUAAACCUAAUAUUCUGAAGGCAAGAGUUACAAUCCUGAUGUGUCUUUUUUUUUUCGCAUUUGUUAAUUCUGAAUGUAUUUUUAACAGAGUGAUUUUUUUGACUUACUAGUGUAAUUUGCAUUUUAAAAAUAAAUGGAAAAACAAUUAA